GCCUUUCGGAUGACGAAGGGAUUGUGUGCCCUCCAAUCCCACCUCGCGAUUAUAUGUUGUGCUCAACGUCGAGUGUCGUACUUGAUUCAAUGGAAUCAAGGCUACUCUCUAAUUCCACAACAAGAUAUAUCGAUCAUGGUUAUUUUGGUCCACGAUCUUCCGUGUCUAUUUUUGGUGGUUCAGUGUCUGGCCAAUCCGUUGUGUCUCCUAUUGAGGAUGUUGAUAUAAGUUAUUUUGAUGAUAGUGACGCGGAUGACGAGUUUGUUGACUAUGAUGCCCUCCCUGCUCACACAAGCCGCAGAGCGGUUGGUGCGAUUUGAC